GCCUCGGGCCAUGGUGGAGCCGCCGCCCGGAGCCGCCGCUCCGCGGGGCCGCGGCCGGGCCUGGGAGCGCGGCGGCUCCGCGCAGCACCGUGAGGACGGCACGGAGCUCUCCGGCCCCGCUCACAACGGUCCGGACACGGAGCCCUCCGGCCCCGCUCACAACGGUUCGGACACGGAUCCCCCUGGCCCCGCUUUGAACGGUCCGGGCACGGAUGCCCCCGGCCCCAUUCAGGACGGUUCGGACACGGAGCCCCCCGGUCCCGGUGAGGACGGGCCGGGCACGGAGCCCCCCAGCCAUGCUCACAACGGUUCGGGCACGGAGCCCCCCAGCCCCGCUGAGGACGGGCCGGGCGCGGAGCCCCCCGGCCCGCAGGAGGACGCGGCCGCCCUGCUGGGGCCGGAGCUGCCGCUGGUGCCGCCGGAGCUCCGCGCGCGGCUGCUGGACCGGCGGGACUACCGGGGCCGGGCCCAGGCCGUGGAGCAGCUGCGGCGGGCGGUGGAGGGCUGCAGCCCGGCCGCGCUGGGCGCCGCGCCCGCCGCCGCGCUGCUGGGGCUGAUCGCGCUGCUGGACGCGCUGCUGCACGACCCCAACUUCGCGGUGGCGCGGGGCGCGCUGGAGGUGACCCGGCUGCUGGCGCUGCGCCUCGGCCGCCGCGUCCCCGCCGUGCUGGCCCCGCUGGUGUGCGCGGCCGCCCGGGCGCUGGGGGACGCGCAGCCGGCCAUGCGGCGGGACAGCGCCCGCCUGCUGCUGCGGCUGAUGGCGGCGGCCGGGCCGCGGCCCGUGCUGCGGCUGCUGCUGCAGGAGCGGCUGCUGCGGCACCGCAGCGCCCGGCUCCGCGAGGAGCUGCUCCACACGUGCAUCGCCGCGCUGCUCGCCUUCCCCGCCGCCGAGCUGGACCUGCCCCAGCUGGCGGCCGCGCUGGCGCCGGCGCUGCUGGACGCCAAGCGCAGGGUCCGGCACGCUGCCAUGGAGGCGAUCGCCGCGCUGGCCUCGGCGCUGGGCCCCGGCAACGCCGGCGCGCUGCUCCGCGCCCUGGACGCGGUGGAGCUGCGGGCCGGCGGCGCGGGGGUGGCGCUCGCCGUGCGGGCCCGGCUGGCCCGGAACGUGCUGCCCCGGCUGGGCCAGCAGGGACUCGUGGAGUACGGAGUGCCCCUGCCCUGCUCCGGCCGCUGCCGCGGGCCCUGCCCGCCGCCCGGCGCCGACACCGAGUGGCUGCUGAUGGGCAGCAGGAGCCGGAGCGCGCACGGGCACUGCGGGCACCCCGCCUGCCGCGAUGCCCUGCACGGCCCCGCCUGUGCCCGGCGGGGACUGAGCCCCAGGAGAGUCCUGAGCGCCGGCAGAGGCAAAAACAAGCUGCCCUGGGAGAACGAGCCGGCUGCGGACGGGGAAGGUGGCUCGGGGGUGAGGAUGCCCGUCGCGAAGGGCGUGGAGCAGUUGGCUGCAGCCAAUGAUUCCCUGCACUCCCCGAAGCCCCGGCCCCCGCAGGGGAUCCCAGGCAGUGCUGAGCUGCUGUUCAGCAGGAGCAGAACUUCCAGGACUUCACUGACCUCUGAGCACCCUGCCCUUGCUGCUGGUGCUCUGGGCUCUCAUCAGCCCCAGAUUUCAGGGAAGUGUGGGACCCUUGGAUACUCACGUGGGAAGAGUGGCAGUGUGGGCUCUGAUUUGCAGUUUUUGGGACUGAAUAACUGCCAGCAGGACAAAGUUUGUUCCAGCCUCAGUUUUUCCAGCAAGACCCAGAGAAGUUUCUGCACUCAGGCAGAGCCCACCAUGUCCUUCCAAGGUCCCAGUGCCAGCCAGGGCACCUUCAUCCUGCCCUCCUUCCCCCUGUCAUCCCCCAGGAACAGCCCCAAGCACCUCUCUGCUCCUGCUGCCCUUGCAGGGAAGUCCCAGGAGGAUCCCAGGAGCCUCUCCAGCUCCUGGCCUCUCAAAAGCUUCCAGGGGCUGCCUAAGCCUGGUUGCCAGAAGCAGCUGCUCAGCCAAAAGCCAGGAGACAACACAGGGGACAGCCCGCUGGAGAAGCCCCCCCUGCAGCUGGAGAAGCCUUCCCUGCAGCUGGAGAAGCCUUCCCUGCAGCUGGAGAAGCCCGCCCUGCAGCUGGAGAAGCCCCCCCUGCAGCUGGAGAAGCAUUCCCUGCAGCUGGAGAAGCCUUCCCUGCAGCUGGAGAAGCCUUCCCUGCAGCUGGAGAAGCCCCCCCUGCAGCUGGAGAAGCAUUCCCUGCAGCUGGAGAAGCCUUCCCUGCAGCUGGAGAAGCCUUCCCUGCAGCUGGAGAAGCCUUCCCUGCAGCUGGAGAAGCCCCCCCUGCAGCUGGAGAAGCAUUCCCUGCAGCUGGAGAAGCAUUCCCUGCAGCUGGAGAAGCCUUCCCUGCAGCUGGAGAAGCCCCCCCUGCAGCUGGAGAAGCCCCCCCUGCAGCUGGAGAAGCCUUCCCUGCAGCUGGAGAAGCAUUCCCUGCAGCUGGAGAAGCCCCCCCUGCAGCUGGAGAAGCAUUCCCUGCAGCUGGAGAAGCAUUCCCUGCAGCUGGAGAAGCCUUCCCUGCAGCUGGAGAAGCCCCCCCUGCAGCUGGAGAAGCCUUCCCUGCAGCUGGAGAAGCCUUCCCUGCAGCUGGAGAAGCACUCCCUGCAGCUGGAGAAGCACUCCCUGCAGCUGGAGAAGCCUGCCCUGCAGCUGGAGAAGCCUGCCCUGCAGCUGGAGAAGCCCCUCCUGCAGCUGGAGAAGCCCCCCCUGCAGCUGGAGAAGCCUUCCCUGCAGCUGGAGAAGCCCCUCCUGCAGCUGGAGAAGCAUUCCCUGCAGCUGGAGAAGCAUUCCCUGCAGCUGGAGAAGCCCUCCCUGCAGCUGGAGAAGCCUUCCCUGCAGCUGGAGAAGCCCCUCCUGCAGCUGGAGAAGCAUUCCCUGCAGCUGGAGAAGCCCCCCCUGCAGCUGAGGAGCUCCCUGGGCAGAGGGCAGGCCCUGAGGGGUGCCCGGCCCGUGCCCCCCAUCCCGCGGCUGCCCAGCCCCCGGGAGCCCCCUGGCAGCAGGGAGGGCACGGAGCUGGCAGCAGGGCUGGCAGAGCUGCACCUGCAGCCUGAGCAGGUGGACCAAGAGGAGAUGCAGAAUUCCCUGCGGUCCCUGCGGAGCAGUGCAGCCAAGAAGAGAGCCAAGCUGAGCAGCAGCAUGGCCGAGCUGGAGAGCCCCGACUCGGCGGUGAAACUGGAAUUUCCCGGGGACUGCCCGUCCCUGGGCUCCUCCCCCGGCACCACCUCCACCGGCGAGAGCGGAAUUUCCAGCCAGGAGUCCCUGGGCUCGCCCGUGGCCACGCUGCCCCGCAGGAGGAGAGUGAUGUCAGACACUUUUCCAGCACUUGGCAGCAAAUCCCACCUUGCAGAAGCAUCUCCAGCAAGGCCCAGAGCCCCAGAGGGGGCAGAGCCCCCCCCCAGCACAGGCCCUGCAGAGUCAGUGCCUGGUUUUGCACCAAAGGAUGAUCUGGGUUUCACAUCUGGAGACGUUGCUGUUGUUGGCAAAGGUGUUUUUGGGAGCCCUCCUGGCCCAGAUGCCAGCCUGCCCAUGCCCUGUGUGGCCAAUGGGGAUGCCCAGGGUGCCAGGGAGGGAGCAGAGGCAGCCCCAGGGAGAAGCCUCCAGCAGAACAGCCCUUCCCAUUCCUGUUGCCAUGCAGGGAAGGAAGGAGAGAUAAAAAUGACCUUGUCAAAAUCUGCUCAGGAGAAGCUGAGGAGGAGGAGGAAAGAAGACAAAGAGCACAACCAUAAAGAGCAGCAGGAAGGCAAAGACUUGGAAGGGAAGGAAGAAUUCCCUUGGGAAAGGAUUAGACUGAGCAUGAGUGAACCAGAGAAACUCACAGCAGAAAGGUUUAGUCUCUGUGGGGAUUUACUGACAUCACCAAAAAAUGGAUCUUUGUCCUUAGAAAAUGUGGCCUUGAACCCUUCCCUGAAAAGAACAUCCAGUUUGAAGAGGUCCAAGUGUUCAUCCUUGCUAGAUUCUGAGGAGCCGUGCGCGGGGCGGGGCCGCUGCCGGGAGCCGCCGGUGACGCAGAGCCCCGAGGUGCUGGACCCGGCCGAGCUGCUGCCCUUCCCCCGGCCCGAGCCCGCCCUGGCAGAGGCGCUGGCACUGCUGGCUGACCACGACUGGGAGAAGAAAAUUGAAGGUCUGAACUUUGUCAGGUGCUUGUCUGCCUACCAUGCCCCUAUUUUGACUGCAAAGCUCCAUGAAACAACUCUGGCUGUGGCUCAAGAGGUCAAGAAUUUACGCUCAGGUGUUUCUCGAGCUGCUGUGGUCUGUUUAGGGGAUUUGUUCACCCACCUGAAAAAGAGCAUGGAUCAAGAACUAGAUAAUGCAGUAAAAGUCCUUUUGCACAAAGCUGGGGAAUCCAACACUUUUAUAAGGGAAGAGGUAGACAAGGCACUGAAGGCCAUGGUUAAUAAUGUGACUCCAGCACGUGCACUUUGUUCUCUUAUAAAUGGAGGGCAAAGCCACCUGCACUCGGCCGUGAGGAGAUGCACAGCCCAGCACCUGGGGGACAUCGUGGAGCGCCUGGGCCCCGAGCGCGUCCUGGCCGGGGGCCGGCCCGUGGCUGAGCGGCUGCUGCCCGCCAUGGCCAGGUUUGUGCAGGACAGCUCCCAGCAGACACGGUACUAUGGGCGGAGGAUGCUCUUCAGCAUGAUGGCUCAUCCUGACUUGGAUAAAAUCCUGGAGAAGUUUGUGCCCCCCAAGGAUUUGCCUUACAUUAAGGAAACUGUUGGCAGCCUACGAGAGAAGGGCCUGGGGGAGAUGCCCUUGGAUACACCCUCAGCCAAAGGAAGGCGUUCCCAGACUGGAAAUGUUGGACAUUUGAGGUCAUCCUCUACUUGCAGAGAUGCUCCCAUCGUGCCAGACAGGGACAGCACGGAGAGCCAGGAGGCCGCUCGCAGAGCAGCCCCUCGCAGCGCCCUGGAGGGUGAGGAGCACCUCAGGGACCUCGUGGGCUCCCUGAACGCCAGAGAUUUCCGGGAGCGCAUCCGCGGGGCGCGGCAGCUGCUGCUGGACACGGAGAGCAGCCCCGGCCUGGUGCUGCCCAACAUCGUCAGGAUCUUCGAUGCUUUCAAGCCUCGCUUGCACGAUUCCAACAGCAAAGUGACCCAGGUGGCUUUGGAGGCCAUGCACAAGAUGAUUCCACUGCUCAAAGACAAUUUGUCACCUGUGAUCAACAUGUUAAUUCCUGCCAUAGUGGACAACAACCUCAACUCCAAAAACCCAGGGAUUUAUGCAGCUGCCACAAAUGUGAUCCAGGCUCUAUGUCAACACUUAGACUCCUCCCUGCUCCUGCAGCCGUUCUGCACAAAAGCCCAGUUCCUGAGUGGAAAAGCAAAGCAGGACCUGACAGAAAAGCUGGCUGAGCUGGUGCCAGAGCUGUACCCUCGGAAGCCCUGUGCCGUGGAGCAGAAGGUGCUGCCCGUGCUGUGGCACCUGCUGGGCAGCUCUGCCGGCGGCGGCUCCAUGCCCGGCCCCCGCACGGCCACGGCUGCCUUGGCCCAGGCGCUGUGGGCGCAGAUGGGCCCUGGCCUGCUCGCCCAGGCCGCGGCCCAGCCCCCGCACAUCAGGAAGAACCUGGAGGAGCUUUUGGAGACGGGAACGUAAAAUCGUAACAUGGCCGUCCCUGCAGGUGAAGCUCCAGCGCCGCCUGAGCCGGGCACACGGACGGACGGUGCUGCCCUGAACUGGGCACGGUGCCUGAGGGAGAGCCCUGGAGCCAGGCUGGGCUGGACUGCACCGGGAGAGACCAAGAGCCAGGCUGGGAGAGCCUGGGAGCUGAACUGGGCUGUUCUGGGAGAGCCUGGGGAGCUGUGCUGGGCUGGCCUGAGGGCCUGGACUAGCUGUGCUGUGCUGGGCCAGUCUGCAGGCCUGAACUGGGACAGUGUGUGGGGCUGAACUGGGCCAUGCUGGGAGAGCUGUGCUGGGCAGUGUGGGGCUGGCUCCCCUCAUUGUCACCAGCACGGCCAUGGAGGAACUGCUCCAGCCCAUCUGUGCUUCCCUCCAGAGGCUCCAGCCCAGGACCUGUCCCUGGAUUGCCCAUGAAGAACCACACGGUCACAUCAGCACUGCACUGUACAUGGAGAAGUGGAAGAGAGUCCUGGACACAGUGAUGCAGUGCUGUUUGUGAAAAACAUGUAUUUUUGUACCCCCACAGGCAGUGGUGCAGUAUUUGUUGUCUCAGGGCUGGGCAGUGGGGAGAAUGAACCCUGACCCUUCUUCAGCUGCAGGCUCUGGACACAUUUGACAUGGGACACAAUGGGAUAUAUAAAUAAAGGGAUUUAUUUCUGUA